UUUGUGAUUUAAAUGCCAUCCCUUUAGAACAUUGGUGAAUAUAUUCUGCGUUGUUGUAUACGUAUAGCGGCGUAUGCGUGGUAAUUUUUUUUUUAUACCAGGUAUGUAAACAAUUCAUCUAUACAAGAUCAAUAAAAUAUCAUCGUUCGGCGCAGAUCAGUGAUUAGAUUGGUUUCAUAAAGUGGAAAACAGGACCGAGUCCAGCAAGGAAAAAGAUGGGGAAACAGAACAGCAAAUUACAACCAGGAACCAUCGAAGAGCUAAGCAAGCAAACGGAGUUCUCCGAGGAAGAGAUUCGGCAAUGGUACAAGGACUUUGUUCAUGAUUUCCCGAAAGGCUAUGUGAAGCUGGGUGAAUUUGAGCGGAUGUACGAGGGAUUUUUUCCCAAUGGAGACGCUUCCAAGUUCGCCAAACACGUCUUCCAUGCGUUUGAUGUGGACGGGGACGGCCACAUUGAUUUUCGGGAGUUUGUUUGCGGUCUGAACGCAACCUUACGGGGAAGCAUAGAGCAGAAGCUGCAGUGGGCAUUCAGGGUGUACGAUAUUCACGAGGACGGCUAUAUUUCCAAGGAAGAAAUGAAGGACAUUAUUUCUGCUAUUCAUAAAGUCACGGGCAGCAAGAGGGACACCGGAAGCGAGAUGACACUACGGCAGGAAAUCGAGGAAGUGUUUCAGAGAAUGGACAAGAAUGCCGACCAAAGAAUCUCUCUCAGAGAAUUCUUAGAGAGUGCAGCAAAAGACCCAGGCUUGGUCAAGCUGCUGGAACUUCACCAAACAACAGACACAUGCCAGUCCACACAGUAGAUAUAUGGGCAAAAGUCCAUGUUUGCCGGCCUCAUUAGCAUCUACAACCCAGUACCAUUACAAAACGAUAGAUGUUUGAGUAAAACCCGGAGGUGGAAAGCGGAUUGGUACUAUUUAUUUGCUAGCGAAGAUCGAGGAAUUUCAAACGGACAUUACAUGGUUCUAGUAUUCAAUUUGUAAUUUUGUGAAAUACAAGACUUGAUAGUGUCAGGGUGUCUUCAAAUCCAGGCCAUUAAAGACCCGCUAUCCAGAUUUCUAUUUUUAAAAAAGUUGUUCUAGUCGCUUACUUUAUUUGAAAAAUCCAAAAGACACAUCGUCAUCAAAUAUGUGUUUUUUCUUGUCCUUUCAGAAAUAUACUUAAUUAACAGA